AUGAUGUUGCGGGGUGCUUAUAAUUUCCCACCGAACCCGACAUCACCCGUUCAACCCCAACCGAUCCCGAUGCAACCCUUUCAACAACCCGAACCCGACGACGAUGUGGAGGUUGUUCCCGAAACCCAACUGGCUAAAGGAAAAGGAAAACGAAACAAAGGCAAGCAAGUGGUUGGUGAUCAAUCGUCCAAACCGAAGUCGACUAAGUGGACGCCAAUCGAAGAAGAAGCCUUAGCCAAGGCUUUCAUAGCCACGUCUAACAACAAGACAAAAGGUAAUAACCAAACAGGUGACGGGUUUUGGUCCAAGGUUUUGGCGAAGUUCCUCGAACUUAUGGACCAAGGCCCGUAUCGUGAUAUCGACUCGGUGUCGUCAAAGUGGCGGAAAUUGAACUCGGCCGUCAAUAGGUUUUGCGAGGAAUAUAAUAAAAUAUAUACAAGUGGGCGUCGUAGCGGCAUGAGCGACGACGAUGUUUUCAAACAAGCUUUGGACAAGUAUAAGUCGAACAAUGGUAAUACCAACUUUGCUCACAUUCGCGCGUGGGAAAUUAUGAAAAAGGAACCGAAAUGGUCGCCGAUUCCUAACGAGGUGGAGAUGACGAAACGCCAAAAAACAUCGGAAACGGGUAGUUUUAGCAUCUGCCAGUCCAACUCCACAGUCCCCACAACCCACCUCCCUCGGCCCACUACCCACUGA